AUGGCUGCUUCUAUCCUUGCCUCUCCGCUUUGUACAUGGCUUGUUGCUAGUUAUACGCCUAGGCCUAACAAGAAGAACCACCCUGUAAGAUCUCCUAUGUUUCAACCUCCAAAGAGACAGAACCAGGGGCUCACUCCCAAGAAGCUUUCUCCAGAAAGCUGCGACAGAGGUGAAACAAUGGCUAUUUCUGUACAACCUGCAAACAAACUGACAACAGAGGAAAAGCCUCCAGGGCAGAAGCGACGGGUUGUUGUGACAGGGAUUGGAAUUGUAACUGCGCUUGGUCAUGAUCCGGAUAUAUUUUAUAGCAAUCUUCUUCAAGGUAGUAGUGGAGUAAGUGAGAUUGAAAAUUUUGACUCUUCUCAGCUUCCAACGAAUAUUGGUGGAGAGAUCAAGUAUUUCUCGGCAGAUAGUUGGGUCUCAUCAAAGCUUGCAAAGAGGGCAGACAAAUUUAUGCUUUACCUUCUCACUGCUGGCAAGAAGGCUCUGGCAGACGGGGGGAUUACAAAUGAAGUUAAUAGGGAGCUUAAUAGAAGUAGAUGUGGAAUCAUAAUUGGCUCUGGACUGGGAGGUUUGAGGAUUUUCCACGAAUGGAUUGAAACGAUGAUGACUUCAUCAAAGAUGCCAAAUCCUUUCAGUCUACCUCUGACAGCAAACAACAUGGGUUCCGCAACACUAGCAAUGGAUUUGGGUUGGAUGGGUCCAAACUACGUAAUCUCUGCAGCUUGUGCAACAAGUAACAAUUGUAUACUUAGUGCGGCUGGUCAUAUUAUCGAGGGAGAGACAGAUAUAAUGCUUUGUGGUGGUUCUGAUGCAGGACUUCAUCCAAUAGGGUUGGGAGGUAUAGCAUCAUGCAGAGUUCUCUCACGGAGGAAUUGUGAUCCGACCAAAGCUUCACGCCCUUGGGACACUGACCGUGAUGGAAUUGUCGUUGGAGAUGGAGCUGGGGUUUUGCUUAUGGAGGAGUUAGAACAUGCCAAGCAAAGAGGAGCAAAAGUUUAUGCGGAAUUUCUGGGCGGAAGCUUUGGUGCCGACGCGUAUCACUUGACUCAGCCCGAUCCUAAUGGGAACGGAAUGGUUCUUUGUCUAGAGAAAGCAUUGGCUGAUGCUGGAGUGGCCAGAGAAGAUGUAAAUUACAUAAAUGCACAUGCUGCAUCUACACAAAUUGGUGAUCUCAGAGAAUUCCGAGCGUUAUUCCGUUGUUUUGGCAACAAUCCUGAGCUAAGAAUUAACUCUACCAAGUCCAUGACUGGCCACCUGCUUGGAGCUACGGGUGCUGUGGAAGCUAUUGCAGCAAUUAAGGCAAUACAAACAGGGUGGAUCCAUCCAAACAUCAAUCUCGACAAUCCUGACAAAGGCGUGGACAUAAAUCUUCUUGUUGGCCCAACGAAGGAACGAUUAGAUGUUAAGGUAGCACUGUCCAACUCCUUUGCCCUCGGUGGACUGAACUCAUCUAUCUUGUUUGCGCCUUACAAAUGAAUCGAAAGCAACACAGCCGACAAAGCCGUUGAGCGUUAUUGUUUGGCAAA